CGUUGUUUGCCAACCGCCAGAAGAAGAAGAGGAGGAAGAAGACAAAGAAGAAGAAGAAGAUACUUUGCUUCAAUAAAUGGCGGGUAAAUAUUGACAGAGAUUUAUCUCAGAAGUGUAUUCGUUAACCCCAGGACAGGCUACGGUAAUGGCCUGUAAAAGAGGAGCUCUCAUCGUGCUGGAGGGGGUGGACAAGGCCGGGAAAACCACGCAGUGCAAGAAGCUGGUGCAGCUGCUGCAGCAGAGCGGCCGCCCCGCAGAGAUGAUGAGGUUCCCGGAAAGGACCACGACGAUCGGACAGCUGGUUGGCGCUUACCUGGAGAACAAGAGUGACCUGGAGGACCACACCGUGCACCUUCUGUUCUCUGCCAACCGCUGGGAGCUGGUGCCUUUAAUGAAGAAGAAGCUGGAGCAGGGCACCACUCUGGUUGUAGACAGAUACGCGUUCUCCGGAGUCGCUUUCACCAGUGCAAAGCCGGGUUUCUCUCUAGACUGGUGCAUGAAGCCUGACGUGGGACUGCCGAAGCCAGACCUGGUGAUAUUCCUGAAGCUCAGUCCAGCCGAGGCUGCUCUCAGAGGCCAGUUUGGAGAAGAGAGAUACGAGACCAGUGUUUUCCAACAAGCGGUCCAACAGAAAUUUGAAGAACUGUUUAAGGAUCCCUCAGUCAACUGGCAGGUAAUUGAUGCUUCUCAGAGCGUUCAGGCUGUGCACGAGAACAUCACGAUCCUCAGCCAAAAAAUCAUCAACACAGCCCAGGACCUGCCACUGGGAGAGCUGUGGAAGUGAAGUGGUGAAUUGAACUUGAAUAGAUCAUGUGCCAUUGUCAAAUAUCAGUUUCUGACUUUUUAUUUGUAUUCCUCUUACAUUGUUGUUCACCUGUCUAUAUGCUGUGAUUAAAUAAAUAAUCAAAUUAUUGGA